GCCCACAACGAACCGACAAUACAAAAGGCCCACGAGCCCACGACAUGUGCCCGCUUCUUCGCACCAACGCCAACUCAAACCCCCUCGAAAACCCUCUCAGAUUCAUCUCCACCGCCGCCGCCUCCCCCUCGCCGCCGAAACCCUAACCCUAGCCGCCGCCGCGGGCGUCUACACCGCAGCCGCUGGCGCCAUGUCGAACCCGAAGGGCUCCAAGAUGCUCCAGUUCAUCAACUACCGCAUGCGCGUCACGAUCCAGGACGGCCGGCAGCUCGUGGGCAAGUUCAUGGCCUUCGACCGCCACAUGAACCUCGUCCUCGGCGACUGCGAGGAGUUCCGCCGCCUCCCGCCCUCCAAGUCCUCCAAGACCACCGGCGACCGCGAGGAGCGGAGGACCCUCGGCCUCCUCCUCCUCCGCGGCGAGGAGGUCGUCUCCAUGACCGUCGAAGGCCCGCCGCCGCCCGACGAGUCCCGCGCCAAGGCCGCCGCGGCGGGGGGCGCGCUCGCGGGCCCUGGUGUCGGGCGCGCGGCCGGACGCGGGUUGCCCACCGGCCCGCUGCUCCAUGCCGCUCCGGGGCUCGCUGGACCGGUACGGGGCGUGGGCGGGCCGGCCCCCGGCAUGAUGCAGCCCCAGAUCUCGCGCCCCCCGAUGCCGAACCUCUCGGCGCCUCCUGUGGCGUACCCGCAGGUCGUGCGCCCGCCGCCGGGGCCGAUGGCCCCGCUCAUGCGACCUGGAAUGCCACCGCAGAUGCAGAUGCAGUUCCAACGCCCGCCUGGUGCGCCGCCUGCCCCGUUCCCUGGGGGACCGCCGCCACAACAGUUCAUGAGGGGACCGCCGCCGAUGGGGCCUCCACAGGGGAGGCCUGGGAUGCCGGGGCCACCACCGCCCGGGAUGAGGCCUGGGAUGCCGCCGCCACCGUUCGGACAACCCAGGCCUGGGAUGCCGCCACCGCCGCCUGGUCCGCAGCAGCCUGGGCAGAACCCGCAACAGUAGAUUGCUACCUGGUUAAGCUUCUUCCUGUCACACCUAUGGAAGAUUUUCGUAUUGCGAGAAAGGACCGCGGAAGACCCGCGGAUUCAUCGUUGCUUCACCAUUCUGUUCCAUAUCGGGCUACUGGUAGUUUCCUUUCGGUAUUGUGAGAGAAGAGAACCUUGUCAGUGUAGCACUCUUGCUUCGAUUGGAGGGGAUGCUAUUCUGAUGCAAUGUACGUAAAGAAGCUAGAUCUUGUUUUAACUGUUGGAUGUUGAGUUAGGGAUAUGGAUAACUUGUUUUAUCGUGUUUGAAGUCUGAACCUUGUUA